AUGAAUAUUCAGAGACACUCAAGCCCAUUUAGACCCGAUAUACGGCUAAAAUCAGAACAGCCUACGGUUAGCGAGGAAACAAAGCUAAAAAAUGCAGAAGAAGCUAUUCAAGAAUUGAAAAGUUUAGAAUUGCUUCCACUAGUAUUGGACAUUGUGGAAGAUGUCAAUUCAGGUAAACUUUUACCAAAAGAUGUCGAAAAUGCAGCAAGAGAAAUAUUGAGAAACAUUCAUGGGUUAUCAGAAACACCAGAAGAAAGAAGCGUCAGAGUCGAGAAACUGAAGAAAAAUAUCACAAGAAAGUCAGAAGCUCUACAAAGGUUUAGAGAAAAAGUUGGCGAAAGAAUUGCAUUACCAGAACCACCUGUUCCUGAAUCUUUAGAAGAUUUUAAAGAUUUAUCAGUUGAGCCUGUCGAAGUAACACCAAACGCCCCAGUAAUCGAAGGAACCCAGAAUCAUCAACUUCAGGAAGUACAAACAGCAUCUAACGAUCAAGACCUUGAUAUACAGGACCAACCUCCAAUUCAACAAGAUGGUUUUAACAUUGGAAAUUCAGAAAUACAAAGUCAACCGUUACAACAAAGUGAUACUUUAAUGACCGACGAUGUGAAUUUUGACUUCAACGACUUCCCAACUGUUGGUAGUCAAGAUCAAGAUAACGACCUGAAUAUGGAUUAA